AGUCACCAACCGGCAACCAUUUUUAAGACGAGCGAUGGAUCUCUCGACGGCAAUGUGGACGGCGGCGGUUGUCGGCGCUGCCGCGGUCUGCUGGUUCGUGUGGGUGAUGGACUUGGCGGAAGUGCUUUCGAGAUUUAUGGGGCGGGAUAAUGUGCAGGGGAAGUACAAUCAGGUCCGGUCCUUCUUUCUCCGCUCCAAGGAGGACAUUGCCGCCGCGUCCGACGAAGACAAGAUGCCUUCCAUCAUCCAAACCUACUACAAUCUCCUCACUGACAUCAUCGAGUGGAAAUUGGGGCAGUCCUUCCACUUCUCGCCCUCACUUCCCGGCCGCUCUGAUCGAGAAGCCGCCCGCAUCUACGAGGAGCGCAUCGCUGAUGUCAUAGCCGCUCGUCCGGGCCAACGGAUCGUCGACGUGGGAUGCGGCAUCGGCGGCCCGAUGCGCACCAUUGCUGCCCGCUCCGGCGCCGACAUCGUCGGCAUCACCAUCAGUGACUACCAGGUCGCCCGCGCCCGCGAGCACAACCGCAAGGCCGGCCUCGACGGGCGCUGCGAAGUCGUCUGCGGCAACUUCCUCGAGAUGCCCUUCCCGGAAGCCUCUUUCGACGGCGCUUACUCCAUCGAGGCCACCUGCCACGCUCCCCGCCUGGAGGACGUCUACCGCGAGGUCUUCCGCGUGCUCAAGCCCGGCGCCCUCUACGUGUCCUGCGAAGUGGUCACCACCGCGCUGUACCGGCCUGACGAUCCGCGCCACGUCGAGACCAUCCGCGGGAUCGAGAUCGGAGGCGCUCUCGCAACCCUCCGCGCGCAACACGAGCUGGCCGCGACCGCGCGCCAGGCGGGCUUCGAGGUCUUGGAGGAGCGCGAUCUGGCGCUACCCCCGGCGGAGCCGUGGUGGACGCGUCCGAAGAUAAGCCGCUUCGUCUACUUGUCCAACCACGUGAUGGUCACCAUCCUCACCGCGCUGCGCAUCGCCCCAAAGGGCAUCGUCGAGGUCUACGAGAUGCUUUACGAGACUGCGGGCCACGUGAACUAUGGCGGCGAAACCGGCAUCUUCACCCCCAUGCACAUGAUCCUCUGCCGGAAACCUCCCGAAAAUCAGUAACCACUACUCCACCAAACAAACUCAACUAUAUAUCUUUCUCCUUGUGUAAUUAUUAUAAGUGCAUGCAAGCAGCUAUGAUCAGUUACGAAAUCUUUAUCUUUCAA